CUAAAUCCUGCGUUCCUGUUUUAUUUAAAUAAGAGGGUUUAUAGUACCCCUACAAUAUCAGAAGUGGGCCGAUCACGAGCCAAAGAAAAAAAAUGAAUAUAAGCAAUGCAUCGACGGAGCAGUUAAAAGGGUGGUUGAGUGAAUUAAAAAAACCGACCACGGGAACAAAAAGAGAAUUGAUUUUGCGUUUGAAUAAUUUAACAAACGAAAAGCGAAAUCAAUUGAAAUUAUUAUUAAAAAGCGAGGAAGAAGAUUUCUACGGAAGCAGCAAUAAUAAUGUUCAAAAAGGAAAAAGAAAUAACGCAAAAGACGGAGAGCCUAAAGAGGACGAAAGUAACGGCGAAGCUGGAGGUAGCAACGAAGACGGCGAUGAGAAGAGCACUGUGCGCAACAACAAAAGUAACGGCGAACAUGACUACAGAAGCGGGGUACGCAGUUACAACAGUGCAGACGGCGCCCGCAACAAAAACAGCGGCGGCGGGAAUAGCGACGAAAACGAAGUUUGCGGCAACGAAGACGGCGACGAAGAUGGCAGCGGUGAGAAAAGCAACAAAGAAUUUGGCGGGAAUAAACGAAAUACAGUGGGACAAGCUGGGCAAAAUAUGGAUUUAUUAUUGCGUAUGGCAACCGAUGCAGUGAAUGAAUUUUCGGGAGAUACAUGUGCACGCAAAUGGAUCCUACAAGUGAAAAAUAUAGCCAGCGUUUAUGGAAUACAUGAACCAUAUAUAAAGAUGUUGAUCAUCAGUAAGAUAAAAGGAAAAGCAUGCAUGUGGUUGCAUGCAGAUCCAGAACGUGUAUUGCUACCAACAGAGCAGUUGGCGGCUGAGCUUAUAUCAAUGUUUGGUGAGAGGAAGUCGAAGUUAGAAACAAGGCGAAAAUUUGAGGAACGAAAAUGGACAGCUGGCGAAAGCUUUGUUGCUUAUGUAGACGAUAAGGUGAUGCUUGCACAUGGAAUAAAAAUGGAUGAUGAAGAAUUGGUGGCGCUCCUCAUUGAAGGUAUUCCGAAUCAAAUGCUACGUAACCAAGCCCGUAUCCAAUGCUUUGAAGAUAUGCAGCACUUAAAGCGGGCAUUUGCGGAAGUGAAACUACCGAAAAUGGAUGAAACACACAAGAAGGUGGCAUCGGUGAACAAUAAUGGCAGCACUCUCUUGCGUUGUUUCAAUUGCAAUUCGAAGGGACACUGGGCCAAAGAGUGCAGGAAGCCAAAGCGCGAAAAAGGGUCAUGCUAUGCCUGUGGUGAGAUGGGGCACUUUGCAGCAAAGUGCCUGAAAAACAAGAAUGUGGAUGAAAACAAUUACCAUGCCUCAUAGACACGGGAAGCCCCAUUUCGUUCAUAAAAAUUAGUAAAGUACCUAAAGAUGUUAUUGAAGUACCAGUUUUAAGUUCAUUUUACGGAUUAAACAAAAGUUACUCGAAAACAUAUGGAAAAAUAUUGUGUUACAUUAUGAAAAAUUUGAAAGCUGUCAAUGCUGAAAUAAGCACAGCGGAGAGGGAAUUGCUUGAAAUUAAUGUAAUAGAUGACUCAAUUGAUUACAAAAUAGGUGAUCAGGUGGAUCAUAAUAUGAAAUGUCAAUUUAUGGAGUUGGUAGAAAACUCUUAUGUUAAUAAAGAAAGACCGAAUGAACCGGAGAUUCGGUGUGAAAUACAAUUAAGAUUAAAUGACCCGAAACCGUUUAGUUGUUCUCCUAGAAGAUUAGCAUAUACUGAAAAAGAAAAGCUGCAGAUUAUCUUAGAUGAGUAUCUAAAAAACGGAAUUAUUAAACCGAGUGAUUCAGAGUAUGCAUGUGUAUGUGUAUGUGUUAGUGAAAAAGAAAACAGGAGACCUAAGAUUAUGUGUUGAUUACAGAAAACUUAACAAAUCAAUGGUCAAAGAUAAUUAUCCUUUACCGUUGAUUGAUGAUCUGUUGGAUAGAUUAGUAAAUAAAACGAUAUUCUCGAAGUUAGAUCUUAAACAUGGCUACUUUCAUGUUUUUGUUAAUAAGGAAUCAAUGAAAUAUACAUCUUUUAUGACGCCUUUAGGACAGCUUGAAUUUUUAAGGAUGCCAAUGGGGCUGAAAAAUGCACCGGCGGUCUUCCAGAGAUUUAUUAAUAGAAUUUUCGAGGAUAUGAUUAGGCAGGAUAAAGUUAUUGUAUAUAUGGAUGACAUUAUGAUAGCUAGCAAAGGAAUUAAGGAACAUAUGGAAGUACUUAGGGAAGUUUUUGACAGGUUGACGAGAAACAAAUUAGAGCUGAGAAUGGAUAAAUGUGAGUUUCUGCAAUCGAGUGUACAAUAUUUAGGAUUUUUAAUAACAAGUAAGGGAAUACAGGCCAAUGACAAGGGAAUAGAAGCAAUUAAAGAUUUUCCAAUACCAGAUAAGGUGCAUGAUGUCAGAAGCUUUUUAGGAUUGUGUUCAUAUUUUAGAAGAUUCAUUAAGGGUUUUUCAACGAUUGCAAAACCUUUAUAUGACUUAUUGAAGAAAGACAAAGAAUUUUCGUUUGAAGAAAAAGAGUUAGAAUGUUUUGAGACACUUAAGAAAAAGUUAGUGGAAGCUCCAGUGUUAGGGUUAUAUUGUUAUAAGGAUGAAAUAGAGUUACAUACAGAUGCAAGUGCACAAGGCUUUGGUGCAGUGUUAUUGCAAAAGAAAGAGGAUAUGAAAUGGCAACCUAUAUUUUAUUACUCGAAAGCCACAACAAAGGAUGAGGCCAAAUAUCAUAGUUUUGAACUUGAAACAUUGGCUAUCCUGUAUGCAUUAAGAAGAUUUAGAAUCUAUGUACAGGGAAAGAGAUUUAAAAUUGUUACGGAUUGCAACGCAUUAACUCUAACGUUAAAUAGAGUGGAAUUAAAUCCUAGGAUUGCAAGGUGGGCAUUAGAACUAUUAGAGUACGAUUUUGAGUUAGUUCAUAAAGCAGGAAAGCAUAUGCAGCAUGUGGAUGCAUUGAGCAGAAAUACGAACAUAUUAGUGAUAGAAACUAAUAGUUUUGAAGAUAAUUUAAUUAUUUGUCAAGCAAAAGAUGAAAAGUUGAAAGAUAUUAGGAAAAAGUUAGAGAAAA